CGGUGUAACAUUUGUGUGCCUGAAGAGGCGCCGUCAGCGGCUGACCAUGGUGGCCAUGGUGGUGAUGUCACCAAGACCCUAGUGUUGCUUUUGAAAUACAAGCGAGAGGGUCUAAUCAAGGUUGAUGCGGGCGAUCUGGAUCUCAUCGUUGGAUCUCAUCGUGGAGAAAAACCGAGGAUGUUCCUCGCGGCAAGGAUCAAUUCGAGGCUCAGUCUAGACUUGGCGUCUGUUGACGAUCAAGGGAAAAACGCCGGGUCUGGUUCAAGGCCAAGCCAAAGAAGCCCAACGCACCACCCACACUCGUGCAGCGCCGCGACCAAGUAG